CUUUCCGCUUCCGGUCUCUACAGGUCUCUCCCUCUACAUUCUCUCUGUCAGGAAAGCACGCGUGCAAGCUUGCCGCCUGCGGAAGACGCGUAGCAGUGAAAAUGCGUAUCGAAAAGUGCUACUUUUGUUCGUCAAACAUCUAUCCGGGUCACGGAAUUCAGUUCGUGCGAAAUGACUGCAAGAUCUUCAAGUUCUGCCGGUCCAAGUGCCACAAGCUGUUCAAAAAGAAGAGGAACCCACGCAAGACGCGCUGGACCAAGGCCUUCCGUAAGGCGGCCGGCAAAGAGCUCACCGUGGACCCCGCCUUCGAGUUCGAGAAGCGCCGCAAUGUCCCCGUCAAGUACAACAGGGAGCUUUGGCAGAACACAGUGAAGGCCAUACAGCGUGUGGAGGAGAUCAAGGCAAAACGGCAGGGGCAUUUCAUCAUGAACAGGCUGAUGAAGGGCAAGGAGCUGGACAAGCAGAAGGACAUCAAGGAAGUCCAGAGAGACCUCUGCCUCAUCAAGUCUCCCGCAGCAACCCUCAAAAAGAUGGAACACCAAAUCGUGGAGGUCAUCGAGGAGCAUUCGGACCAGGAGGAGAUGGUGCAGGAGUGACCUUCCUCGUGUCACCCGCCACAGGAGUCAUUCGCGUACACAAUCAUAAAGGUUUAUUCGAGAUGUUGA